AGGGGACAGACAGAGAGUAGACAAAGGAGCACAGGGGCUGCAAAGGAGAGAGCCGUGUCGACGACGCGGACGCGUACGGAGCAAACGCCGAGCCCAGGGAUUUCGUCGCUCGCGUGGCAAGCCGAGCGUCACCAGCUGAGCUCGAUCGGCGUCUUGGUGGGGUUCGUUCUUUGCCUCAGAGCGUGAGCGUAGGCAGCCGCCGGCCGGCGAUCUCAUCUCAGCAGGGGAGGGUUCCCAAGCUGGCCUGGCGUGCUCGACUCGAUCUGCCCCCCGCCUCGUUCUAGCCGCCGCCGGCCCGUAGGAUGGGCUGCGCAUUGUCGUCGUCGUCCAAGGGAUCCAGGCGCGCGCCGCCAGGGUACGAGGAGCCCGCCGUGCUUGCCGCCCAGACCUCAUUCACCGUGAACGAGGUGGAGGCGCUGUACGAGCUCUACAAGAAGCUCAGCUUCUCCAUCGUCAAAGACGGCCUCAUCCACAAGGAGGAGUUCCUGCUCGCCCUGUUCAGGACCAGCAAAGGCGCGAACCUCUUCGCGGACAGGGUGUUCGACCUCUUCGACCUCAAGCGCAACGGGGUGAUCGACUUCGGGGAGUUCGUGCGGUCGCUCAGCAUCUUCCACCCCAAGGCGCCGAAAGCAGACAAGACUGCAUUUGCCUUCAAGUUGUAUGACUUGAGAGGGACAGGCUACAUCGAAAAAGAAGAGCUUAGGGAGAUGGUCGUGGCGCUCCUCGACGAGUCCGACCUAUGUCUUUCGGAUUGCGCCGUCGAGGCGAUUGUGGACAAUUCGUCACAGACGUUCGAUCAAGCCGACUCCAACUGUGAUGGCAGGAUAGACCCUGAUGAAUGGGAGCAAUUUGUGAACAAGUACCCAACAUCGCUCAGGAACAUGUCACUACCGUAUCUCCAAGAUAUUACAGCGGCGUUUCCAAGCUUUGUGAUGCAUUCAGAGGUCGAAGAUUACAGUGGAAUCGACAAAUAAGAAAAGCACGGUUAUCAGUACCAUAUGGUCUGUUUUGAGCUAAGGCAGCCUUGCAUGCUAGGAAUCAGCCAUCCAGAGGUGAGCUGCAAUUGAAAAAUCUAAAACUCAAAAUAGGGGGAAGAAAUCUGGUAGCUGGUGAGCGUCAAAUGACAACCAGACAGGAGAAGGAAUCUGAUAUGGCUGAUAAGUGUCUAUCAAGUGAUAACCAAAGAAAAGCUUCUUAAGAUUAGUGUACAUAGUAGUGGCCUGAAUAACCUUCUGUUUUUUCCGAAGGUAUUCCCUCCGUCCCUUCAUAUGAGAUGUUAUGACGACCAAUUAUAACGUAGUAUAUUAGUUGUAAUAACAUCUUAUACUAUGGGAUAGAUGAAGUAGUUGGGUGACACCGUUUUCCUUUCCUUCGGCAAGUGAUUCCGCCUCUUGUUAACCAUGAAGACAAAGUAUCAGUCCUCAUAA